AUGCUGUACCUGACAUUUGGUGAGGAAAAGGGAUCGGCAUACUACAAAUUCCUCCUGUGUGUAUUACUCUCACAACUCUUGAUGGAUUGCUUCUUGCCAGUAGGUGGGCGUGGAUCUGAUUAUCUCCCUUCGACUCAGCUCGUUCAGGAGAGGUUGCUUAACGACUGCGCCAUUUUUUCGUACUCACCUGAAGACGAUAUAAAUGAUGACGACGAUGGCGCAAUCUGGAAUCGCAAUUAUUUCUUCUUUAACAAACAGCGCAAACGUGUUUGCUACGUUUAUCUACGCUGGAUCCCGAUAAUGAGCCACGACGAUGGCAAAAUUAUGGCCAUGUGGGAAGACGAUGAUGCGAAAAUAAAGUACAUGUCGACGAUCAGAAUGAGUGCGCAAAAUUUCCCCGUCUUACUACCUGAGAAGGCCGGAAUUGUGGUAGAUCUGAAAUAUAUGCGAGCAAUGCUCGAGAAACUUGAUAUUCCGCGAAGAUACAGCAGCCAGAUGAUGAAGGACAUGUGCGAGAAGAUGGAUGGAACAAAAUGCGCUUGCACUACGUUCUCAGCCGGUAUUACCUGGCAUAGAAAACUAUUCUUUCCUGCGGAUUUUCAAGGAUCGUCCGGGGCCAGCUCUGCCAGCCGCGGAAUCCUAGCUUCUGUGACGGCUGCAAGAAUCGCUGUCGCACCGCCGAGGCCAUACGCGCUUACAAAGGGCUGUAGCGAGCUCACACACAAAUUCUUCCUUUCUCCUUCUUUUCUGUAUGCUUAG